AUGAAAUCUAAUAAAUAAUAAUGUAAAAAAUCACUACUCCCCUUAAGUGAAGAGUUUAAUACGUAAAGUAGAAUAGCUGAUGAAUUAAGUGAUGAAUUAACUGAAGAGUCAACAAUUUUCCAAUAAUCAACUUAAUUUUUUUCAGAUUGUUCUGAAUUUGAUUCUAAGCAAUAAAUUGUUAUAAAAUAAGCGUAUAUAUAGUUUAUUAUUAAAUAAACAGAGAAUACAAUACAAAUGAAUAAUUAUUCAAGUAGAAAUAGCAAGAUAAUAAUUUAUAAAACUCUUAUGAAAGUAUAAAAGAAUAUAUGUAAUAAAUAUGAUAUGAACCAAAAAAGUUAAAAAUAUAAACCAAAAAAUAUCAUUCUUGAUUCAAAACUAAAACCAUUCAUACCAGAGUACAUACCUGCUGUUAAUACAAUAGAAAAUGGCAUAUCUAUACCUAGACCAGAUGGUAAAUUUGAUAAAUAUGGCAUUUAUGAUGUGGUAGGAUAUUAAUUAAUUGAAAGAGAGAAGUAUUAUCAAGCAUAAAAAUGAA